AUGAAAUUAUCUAACCCAUUGUUCCUCCUUACUGCUUCCAGUGCUAUCGUUCUUGCUACUGAUUCUAGUGUUUCGCAUGCUCCCGAGCCGAUUACACCUUUGCUUUCCAAAGUUAAAGCAGGCGUAGCUUCUGACAUGUCCAAAAUGGAAUCCGAAGCAACCUCAGUUGCCUCUGCUGUAAAGUCAGAUAUAACUUCUGACGCGUCCAAAAUGGAAUCCAAAGCGACCUCAAUGGCUUCUGCUGCAAAGUCAGAUAUGUCAUCAGUAAAGUCUGAAGUAAAAUCCGCUACGUCUGCAAAAGCUGCCAGUUCUGAAUCUAAAGGUGAUGCCGCUGGUCUUGAAGGUGGACUUUUCGGCCCUGGAGCUGGUGGGUUUUUAGCAUUUGCUGCUAUUUUAAUGUUAUAA